AUGACCCUGUCUGGAGGCAGCGAAAGAGCCAGCGAUAUGUCCGGCCAAACUGUGCUCACAGCGGAGGACGUGGAUAUUGACGUGGUGGGCGAGGGAGACGAGGAGGGCAUGGAGAGGGUGGACAGCGACUGCGACAGCCCGGUGGGAGGCAUCCUGCACGACCUCCGAGGAGAAGCGGGCGACGAGGAGGUGGAAGAUGAGAUCGAGGUGGAGAAGGAGGAGAUGAGGUCCGGUGGAGGGAGCCCGUGCUGCGAGAGCUCCGGGGAGGGAGAGACAGGCACCGGAAAGGGAGAGGGUCAGGAGCAGAGCACACCGGGAGGGAUCCAGAAGCCCAAAAACAGCCUGGUAAAGCCGCCGUACUCCUACAUCGCCCUCAUCACCAUGUCCAUCCUGCAGAGCCCGCAGAAGAAGCUCACCCUCAGCGGGAUCUGCGAGUUCAUCAGCAACCGUUUCCCAUAUUACCGGGAGAAGUUCCCUGCGUGGCAAAACUCCAUCCGCCACAACUUGUCCCUCAACGACUGCUUCGUGAAAAUCCCGCGGGAGCCCGGCAACCCCGGCAAGGGCAACUACUGGACCCUGGACCCCGCUUCGGAGGACAUGUUCGACAACGGCAGCUUUCUCAGGAGGAGGAAAAGGUUCAAGAGGGUUCAGCCGGACAUGCUCAGGGACCAGACUGCGCUCAUGAUGCAAAGUUUCAGCGCGUACAGCCUCGGGGGCCCCUACGGGAGGCACUACGGGAUCCACCCGGCUGCUUAUACCCAUCCGGCGGCUUUGCAGUACCCGUACAUCCCCCCUGUAGGUCCCAUGCUGCCCCCGGGUGUCCCGCUCCUGUCCUCGGCGGAGCUGAACAGAAAAGCGUUCAACUCCCAGCUCAGCCCGAGUCUGCAACUUCAGCUCAACAGUCUGAGCACCGCGUCCAUGAUCAAAUCCGAGCCCUCAAACAGACCGUCUUUCAGUAUAGAGAACAUCAUCGGGGUCUCCAGCGCCUCCUCGGUCUCACCGGGCGCUGCUUUCCUGCGGCCUCCGGUCACCGUGCAGUCGGCCCUGCUGAGCGCACAGUCCCUGUCCCUGAGCCGGACAUCAGCCGCUAUCGCCCCCAUCCUCAGUGUACCGUCAAAUUUAAUCUCUGGACACGUUUUACCGUCAGCAGCGGCGGCGGCAGCGGCAGUGUCCAAAUGGCCUUCACAAUGACUUUAAACCGAGAGAAAAGAAACUCUUAUUUUUAUAUAGAGACAUUAUUACAGCACAAUAACACUGGACUCUGUAGCCAUGUAAAGACUGUUGAAACACACAGAAAAAAAGAAAAAGGAGAUAUUUCUGUACAGGUAAUAUUUGUAAAUAUUUGUAAAAAAAAUUACCUGUCUUCUUUUUGUUCCUGUUUGAGAUAUGUGAUAAUUAUUUUACAUUUUCUUUUUUGUAGCCAUCGGAAGCUCAACUGGACACAUUUUUCUGCUUCCUUUUCAUACACAAAAAGCUCUGAAAAAAUAGUCUGUUUAUAAUUAAAAAAAAUCAAAUAUAUGUAAUUCUAUGUAGCUAUAUUGUGUUGUAAACUGAAUUUAUUUGUAAAUAAAUUUAAGAAAAAAAUUAAAAUCAAUUUUCAA